CCGACAGGACGUUCUGUGACGUUGAGUAUUUUCUAUCGCAGCCAUGAUAUCAGCGAUUUUUUAAGUUGUGUCCGUACCAUCCAAUGUAACUUUUAUUCGGGGCAGAUGCAUGGCUCACGACGACGCAGGCAGGUCACCGUGCCCGUCUAAGUCGGCAGUCCGAGGCAAGUACUGCCACCAGCAUGGAUCCACUCACCAAUGGAAAACAGACACUCUGGCAUUUCAACUACACCCUAUAAAUCACUACAGGGAGGACGAACGUAUGAUUGAAUAUCCCUGAAUAUGCUUGAAGCCCGCAUUGUGACCCCCCUCUAGGCGGUGUCCUACUGGAUGUUGCGGCCGGAUAAUUUAGUAUUUUAGAAUUUUCAAACUCCACCAGUCCUCCUUACCUUUUGCUCGUCGUUGUCGUUCUUGUUGAAUAUGUCUUCGUAUAAAUCAGCCGCGUUCAGAAACAAACAACCCUCUGAUCCAUCGGAACCAAAAUUACAUCCUCAAGUUCAAACACUCCAAGAACUAUUCCCCUCCUGGUCAAACGAAGACCUCCGGUCUCUCCUCAAUGAAGUCGGUGGUGACCUUGAACUUGCGGCGACUCGAAUUUCCGAAGGGCACGCGGAACAAUGGGGCUCAGUUACGCGCAAAAAGGAUAAAAAGACUCCUGUAGCUCAGCACGCACCGUCAAAGGACCCGAACAUCUCACGUAGCGACUCGCGUGGUGGUCGAGGUGGGCGUGGUGGUCGCGGUGGUCCUGGUAGGGGUGGUCGCGGUCGUGGUGGCGCAAGGGGUGCACCUGGAGUCAAUGGUCAUGCUUCCUCUCGUGUUAAAGCUUCUGGUCCCGCACCCGACGACAAGCCAGCACAGGUUGAGGAUCUCACUGAACAUGUUGCUGACAAGCCAGAGUCGAAUGAAGAGCCUACAACUGCUGAACCAGCUCCUGCUCAAUCGCAGCCUACAACUUCUGCUUCGUGGGGUGCUAAUACUAGUUGGGGUACUGUGGCUGCUGCGCCCAAACCUCCUAUAUUAUCUGCUAAACUCCCAGCGACUUCCAAACUUUCCUGGGCCCAAAUCGCAAAACCGCAAGAGAAGCUCGUUGUAGCGUCACCUCCUGCACCAUCUGCACCAUCAGUCGUCCCUCCUGCGCCCGAACCGGUCUUUGAACACCCUCCUCUUUCACCAGUUGUCAAUGGCGAUGUAGAACCAGUAUCAGAAGGUUGGGAGGAUCCGACGACUGUUCAGCCUCCUGAAUGGGACGACGAGCCUCAACUUCAACCCCAAGCCCAACAUCAGCCUCCCGCAGACGCUUGGGUUUCCUCUCAGCCUCUGCCAACGUCGGAGCCAGAACCAGUACCUGAGCCUCCCACUUUACCAGAGGAGCCUGCUGUCCCCGCACCUGAGCCUGUGGCCGUCGUCUCGGCUCUUCCUGCUCAAAUUCAAAAGCAGGAUGCGCCCACUAGGUCCAAAUCGCCUGCGUCUUUUUCUUCCCGCCCCGCAGUUCGUGGCAAGUACAAGGGCAUUGAUCAGGCUGUUGUCAUGCCUUCGUCAACUGGUUUCAUGCCUGGCCUUGACAAAGUGGGCAUGCAGUUUGGAAGUUUGAGUCUUGGUGGAGAUGUUAUUGAGCCCACGUCCAUCGAACCUCCCGCAGCUGAACAGCAGCCAUCCCCGCAGCAGACCACGCAGCCCCUUUCACCUCCUGCGCUUCCCGCACCCGUUCAGCAACAAGAGCCUCAACAGAGCGUUCCUGCGCCUGUACCGUCUGUCGCUAGCUCUAUCGCUACUUCUCCCUCGCAGCCGAUGCUCCCUCCUUCAGUGCAGCCUGUUCUACCACCUUCACAGACAACGCAAUUCGUACCUCCCCAACCAACAGCACCAAUCCCGCAGGUACCUCAACAUGCUCUUGCACCUUCAAUGUCCCUUCCUACCCUUCCGCCGUCGAGUACCAGCUUCACUCAACAGCCUCCCUCGCAACCGCAGCACCAGCACCAGCACCAGCCGCAACACCAGCCGCAGCCGCAGCACCAACCUCAACAUCAGCCUCAACACCAACCUCAGCAUCAACCCCAGCAAUUGCCGCAGCUUCAGCCGUAUGCUGCACACUUGCACCUCGACAGCCCGCAAACGCAGUCUCAACAAUACAGCCCUGCCCAGCAGGUGCAGGCCCAGUCUGCGGCGUACUUCCGGCAAGAUGCACCGUACUUCAACGCACCAACGCCCCCUCAACAGCAGGAUUACAGUGCAUCCAUGAGUGGUGGUAUGGGUCCCUUCGGACAGAUUGGGACGCAGCAUCAGCAACACCAAUCGCAAGGGAGUCACCUUAGCGGCUUUGGAGGUAGUGAAUACUACAGUGAUAAUCAACGCGGCUUUUACGAUUCGUAUGCGCAAUCUCCAGGGUUUGGCGGCAAUCGCAAUGUCCUUGGUCAUGAUGAUGUCAAGGGUCUUCCUACCUCCCAACACCAGCACCAACAUUCGCAACCUCCCUCAUCGGUCAUCCCUCCUUCUGCGUCUCAGUCAUCGCAGCCUGCAGCGACAAGCGCACAGCAACCCUACGCACCGCCUAUGCCCUACUUUUAUCCGUAUCCUCAAAACCAGUACUAUGGUACUCCCUACAACCAAGGUUACCCUACACCCUUCGUCAAGUACCCUGCUCCUACUCCGCCAGCAAUGUUCCAGCAUCAACAUCAGCCUUCGAAACAGAAUGACGGGUUGAGUAUGGGAGCAGGCGUGCAGCGUGGAUUUGGCGGGUAUGCCGAUGACAUCGGGUACCACCAGCCCCCGCAGCAGCAGACACAAAACAACCACCAUACACCCAGCGAGAGGCAGUUGUAUGGACACGGGCAAGGGUUCUUAGGUCGUGGGGUGGCUGCACAAACCGGGUCGCCUGAGGCUUCUUAUCGCAAAGAUUCAGGGCAAGGGGUUGGCGUGCAACAACAACCUGCGGGGCGCGGUGUGCGAGGACAGUACCCCCAGGUGCAGGCUAAUUCAGAAGGCAAUUUCUAUCCAUACCAGCCGAACCGCCAAUACUGGCAGUAGAUGAAUGUGCGUUAGGCGCUUUCAGCUGGAUUUUGUACGUAUGUGUGAUAUUGUGCUUGAUACUGACGUUAUUGAGCGUUUUUUUCUUUCGCUGUUUGUGCUAGCGCUCAUGCUGUUUCUUCUUUUUACUCUUGAU